AUGUGGGGCGAUGAGAGCCAGAGCCAGUCGGUGAGGACACUGUUCCUGGAGCUAAUCCGGGCCCGCCGGCCCCUGAUACUGCAUAAUGGUCUCAUAGACUUGGUGUUCCUGUACCAGAAUUUCUAUGCACAUCUGCCUGAGAGCUUGGGAACCUUCACUGCUGACCUGUGUGAAAUGUUCCCAGCUGGCAUUUAUGACACCAAAUAUGCUGCUGAGUUUCAUGCCCGCUUUGUGGCCUCCUACCUAGAAUAUGCCUUCCGGAAAUGUGAGCGGGAAAAUGGAAAGCAGCGGGCAGCCGGCAGCCCACACCUUAUCCUGGAGUUCUGCAACUAUCCUUCUAGCAUGAGGGCCCAUGUAGACUACCGCUGCUGUAUGCCCCCUACAUCCCACCGUCCUCAUUCCACCGUCAUCUGUGAUAACUUCUCGGCCUAUGGCUGGUGCCCCUUGGGAUCACAGUGUUCUCGGUCCCAUGAUAUUGACCUUAUCAUUGACACUGAUGAAGCUGCCACAAAGGAUAAGCGGCGACGGCGACGACGUAAGGAAAAACGACGGAGGGCUUUGUUGGGCCUGCCUGGGAAACAGAGCUCUGGGGAAGCCGAGGAUGGUCCUCCCACUAAGCAGGUCUGUGGGGAUGGCGCUGAGGCUGAGGAAACUGAGCAGGAGGUGGCUCAGGACGAGACUAGCAACCAGCCUGGCUCUGAGCAAGAUCACAGAAAUGACUUGGAGAUGGGACUUAAAGCAACAAGGGCUGAAACAGCUGACAUGGCUGCCUUAGAAGCACCAGGGAGUCAAGCCAGUCCUAACCCAGUGCCUGGGGAUGGAUUGCAUCGGGCUGGUUUUGAUGCCUUUAUGACAGGUUAUAUAAUGGCCUACAUGGGAGUAAGCCAAGAACCUCAGCCCUGUAGCUCUGGACCCUGGCUACCUGAAUGCCACAACAAGGUAUACCUGAGUGGCAAAGCUGUACCCCUCACGGUGGCCAAGAGCCAGUUCUCCCGUUCCUCCAAAGCCCACAACCAGAAGAUGAAGCUGGCUUGGGGCAGCAGCUGA